AUGGGGACACCACCAAAUGAUCCGGAGCUGGCAAUCUCUGCUGAUAUUGACCGCGCUGAGCGCGAGAUGGAGGAACUUGGAAGGGUGGCGGAGAAAGGAGCUAGACUAGGUGAACUGCUGCGCAAAAAAGUGGACUUGCAGCGCCGCAUUCAACAGCUGCGCGAUGAGGAAAACGUACUUCAAAGCAAGCAUUUGGUGAAGAAACUCGCAAAAACAAAAGAUCUAGAAGCCACAGCUACUGCCCAGCAGAGCGAGAAGUACAAAAAGUUUAUCUCUGCCAAACUGCCGAGGCGUAGCGCAAUGAAGCAGAAACGCUUCACUUGUGGCGGUAGUCCUAAGAAAAGUAUCACCGCUCCAGGGGGCUCGCGAGCUGACGUGUUAGCUGGCACCCUCAGACGUUCUUCUCCCUCAUUGGGGCAAAGCCCAGACCGCAGCAGGGGUGCUGACAGGCGCCACACUGACGGCCCCGGUUUGCUGAAGCAGGACGAGUUGGACUCCGAAGGCGCAGACGGGGAUGACACGGCUGAGGAGGUGGAGGAGGAUAUCAGCUUCUCUCAGGACGGCGAGGGAAUGGGGGCAAACUUCAUGCAGAUAGUGCGAGCCUGGCGGUCUCGCACACCGAAUGUCGAGGAGCAGGCGGAGGCUGAACGUCGCGCUCGUGAAGGGCGGAUGCAGCAGACAGCGAGUCGGCAACAGGCGUCGCUGCGGCGGUUCAACCUUGUUGAGGAGAUGUUUGCCAAGGCGGUAGAGCGCCGCAUGCGGGCGAUGCGACGGAUUGCUGCUGAUCCACCAGCUGACCGUCUCAUCGGAAACUGUGCGCUGCAGCACAUUCCUGUCGGAUUACUCCCUGGAGAGUUACAAGAGACAGCAAUGGCCCUCAUGGAGGGGACUUUGCAGGGCACCUCGGGCCCUGUCGGCGGUGCUGUAGCCACCAUCGCCUAUGCAGAGACGCCGAAGAAGAAUUUCUUCCUUACCGGCGUUGAUGCCACAACUGCGGAGAAGUCAGGUGAAGGACAGGGCAAGGAAUCCGGAACAGCGCAAGAGGAACAACAUCCCGAGGAUGGGGAAGCACGCACCGACGACGGCAAUGAUGGCAGUGAAGAAUUUGACGAAGGGGAACUUGCCCGCCAGUGGCGUGAACUGGGCUAUACCGCCGUUUACCUGCCGGCGUCGAAGCGGUUGGUGUUCCCUGGUGCGAAGGACAACGGAGGUCGUGGCGGCAGGCGGCCGUACGAUCCCAACACGUGGAUGAAACUGCAGCCGCUGCCUUCGGUUCAUUUGGUGCAGCGGCGCGUCCCAGUGGAGGAUCUACUGAGACGUGAUGUAACGAUACCGACAAAGGGCGAAGUGUUGCUGCCGACCCUCCGUGCUGGCAAGAGAUAG